GCGGCGGCGGCUUCCUUCUGUCGCUGCUCCGGCUUCCUGCGCGACGAUGGGGUUAAACGGAUCUCCAGCGGCGGCACGAUCUGAACGGCGGGGUGACGGCGGCGGACGGCUCAGAGACUGCUCCUGCGCGGGUGACGGCGGCAGCGACUCCUUCGCUUGCUGCGGUCCCCCUCGAACCAGCAACGGCGGCGGUCUGGUUCUGCUCGAUUGAAGGCGGCAGCGGUGAGUCUCACGGGACUUACUUCCUGCUGCGGCUCUCCAAUUCAAGCGCGGUAGUGCUCCGUGGGAAUCAACGGGGAUGGUGGUGCUCCGGCGGCAGCGGCCCUCACUCCGGCUCGUGCUGCUGCACACAGUUCUUCUCCAAAGAACCCAGGUGACACUCCUCUGAUUAGUUUCUGCUGAUCGGAUUUUCGGUGUCUUAACGAACCAACGCUCCGAUACCACUUGUUGGGAAUUAAACACACAACACACACAAAUAUCUGCGAGAAUCAAGAGAGAAACGGAACACGAACGACACACAAGAAUUUAACGUGGUUCGGUUUCCCUAAUCCACGGCUGCAACAGGAGGAAUUUCUUAUUUCACUUGUGGUGCCGAUUACAAGUACAAGAAUGCAAUAUAUAUAGGAAAAGUGCAUCUAGGGUUUCGUAAAAUGGGCCGGGCCAAAAGUCAAGCCCAAGCCUCCACAAACCCAACAUUCUCCCACUUGGAGGCUUGAUAGUCAUCAACUGCCAUCUACCACGAUUCCCUGUACAUCGAGUAAUCUUCCUCAGCUCUCCUAUUGUAGCGGCCCUAACAUCAGACAACUGAAAGGCCCGUUGAAGCUCUCCCAAGCUCCAACACAUCAGUCACGGCAAAAGAUCCGCCCUGCAUUAUAAUAGCUUAGCGUACUACUCUCCUAUACACACUCAUCCAUGGAUCUAAUACCUUUGGUUUUUCCAUGGAUUCUCGGCGUAGCAGUUCUCUUCAUAAUACGGUUCAUACAUCAACGCCCACAAGCUAAGACCCCACCUGGUCUACGGCCAUGGCCUAUCAUUGGCAAUUUGAAUCUCCUCACGGGCUCAUCAAAUACUCAUGAAUCUCUGCACAUGCUGUCUCAAAAAUAUGGAGAUUUGAUGCUCUUGCACUUUGGUUCCAAACCUGUGUUAGUUGCCUCGUCUCCCGAGACCGCUAAACUUUUCUUGAAAGACCACGAUGCGGUGUUUGCCUCUCGGCCUCCUACGGCCAUAGGAGAGUACACCUUUGACCGGUCCGAUCUGGUGUGGUCUCCUUAUGGAUCAUGGUGGCGCCGCGGGCGCAAGAUUUUGGUUUCCGAGGUCUUCACUCCGCGGAAGCUUGAAAGCUUCGAGUGGCUUCGCGCAGAGGAACGGAUGGCUUUGAUUUCGUGCCUUUACAGCCAUGCUGUGGGUAAGAAGCCGGUGUUUCUUAGAGACCAUUUGAUGAGGUUCACCAUGUCUACUGUGACUAGGCUAGUUUCGGGUCACAAGUACUGUAACGACAAUCCGGAGUCGAGAGGAUCGGUUACGAUGAAGAAACUGCAAGAGUUUGUUGACGAGUGGUUUCUACUUAGCGGAGCGAUCAAUAUUGGGGAUUGGGUUCCCUGGCUGAAUCGCUUCGACUUGCAAGGAUAUGUGAAAAGACUGAGAGCCUUAUCUGCAGAGUACGAAGAGUUCCUGGAGUUUGUGAUCAAAGACCAUAGGGAAGUGAUGGACAAAGCUGGCAAGAAUUUCGUCCCCAAGGACAUGGUGGACAUAUUCUUGCAGCAAGCUGAUGAGGAUCAUGAUGAUCCCGAGGCAGAGCUGACUCCCAAUCGCAUAAAGGCGUUAAUACACGACAUGUUUGCGGGAGGGAGUGAUACAUCAGCAGCAACAGUACAAUGGGCAUUUCAAGAAUUGAUCAGGAACCCAAGCGUCAUAGAAAGGGCAACGGAGGAGCUGGAUCGAGUGAUCGGGCGGGAGAGAUGGGUAGAAGAGAAAGACUUUCUGCAAGCUACCGUACGUGGAAGCAAUCAUGGCAGAAACAUUCAGGUUGCACCCGCCCGGCACGCUGCUUCCGCCAGGCUACUCCAUGGAGGAUUGCAAUGUCGCGGGGUACGAGGUGGCGAGGGGGACCACGGUUCUCGUGAACGUCUGGUCUGUCGGAAGGAACCCGAAGGUUUGGGAGAGAGCGGAGGAGUUCGAUCCGGAGAGGUUUGUGGGGAAUGAAGGAGGUUGACAUGAAGGGACAAGACUUUAGACUGUUGCCGUUUGGGUCGGGGAGGAGGAUGUGCCCGCCGGCCUAUAGCCUGGGAUUGAAGAUUGUGCGGGCGACGUUAGCCAAUUUGCUGCACGGCUUUACCUGGAAAUUGGCGGGAGACAUGAAACCACACGACGUGUCGCUGGAAGCGGUUUAUGGCUUCACCACUCACCCCAAGUUCCCGCCGUCUUUCAUCAUUGAACCAAGACUACCCGCACAUCUGUAUGUAUGCAUUAAUAAUGUGGCCACUACCCCCAGUUAGUUCCCCAGGUUCGGUACUGGAAUAGGU